AUGCCGAGCGCGGAGGAACUGCGCGCGGCGUACGCGGCGAAACAGCGCGUCGACGCGAUGGCGGAUUACGCGAGUCGCGCCGCGGCGGGCGCGCGCGAGGGCGUCGCGAGCGCGCUCGCGAGCGCGAGGACGGGCGCGAGCGAACCGCGGGAUGCGUCGGUGCGCGCGGGGGGGGUAGGCGGCUCGGGAGGGGCGGGGGGUCUGGGGGAGAGGCGAUGGACGUGUCACGCGUGCGAGCGGCUCGAGGGCGGCGGGCGAGGGCCGACGCGCGACGGGACGAUCGUGCAGCCGGCGAACGUGCCGAUGGUGCUGUUGGAGGUGAAGGGGGAGGUUGUGGAGCGGUGCGCGCUGCCGAUGGGGAAGGAUGAUUUGGUGAAGGGGGAGAUGAUGACCAUCGGGAAGUGGUUGGCGCGCGUCGUCGGGGCGGAGGGCGCGACGCCGGAGAAGCCGAGGGUGUUGGUGCGACCGCCUGAGGCGGAGGAUGAGGCGAGCAAGCGCGCGGGCGGAGCGGUGGUGGCGCAGCACGCGGUGGCGCAGCACGCGGUGGCGCAGCACGCGCCACCGUUGAUGAUUCCGACGCCGAGUUUGGCGACGCAGCCUCGAGCGGGCGGGCUCGAGGCGCCGGGCGCGCGACGAGAAUAUUAUCGCGAAGAACAUCAGCAGCAGUAUCAGCAGCAUCCGUCGCCGCCGCAGCAGCAGCCUAGAUACCAGAUAUACGAACCGCCGCCGAGAUUCGAGCGCGCGGUCGAUCCCGACACCGGCACCCGCGAACGGUGGAUGGGCGGCGGUUGGCGAGGGCGAGGGAGCGGAGACGAUCGUCCGCGCGGUGUGACGCAGCAAGAGGUCGACGCUGCGCGAGCGCGUUUGUUAGAGCUCGAGCAAGAAGCGAGAAUUCGCGCCGAGGUCGCUGCCGCCGAGGCGAUGGCGCGUCAACAACAAGCUGAAGCCGCGAGGCUUUCAGCGGAAACUGCGCUGGAGCAAAUGUCUCAAGCCGAGGCGGCGAAUCGCGCGGUAAGAGACGCAGAGUACGCCGCCGCGGAGGCGAAACGAUUAGCGUAUUUCGCUGCAGAAAAUCAACGCGAAGCAGAGAGUCAAUUCAUCUCCAUGCUUCCCUUGGACGGCGUGGAGACGGCAGUAGAGGCGCAGCGCCGAGUAACGGAACUCGACGAUAUUCAGCGUCGCAUCGCGGAGCACGAGCGCGCGGCGGCGGCGCACACGCUCGCCCCGCCGCCGCGAGAAGUGCCGCAUCAGUAUCCAUCGUCUGUGGCGCCUCAGGCACCACCCAUGGUGACGUACGCGCCGCCGCUACCGCAACAGGAACAGCAGCAAUACCAGCCGCCGCAACAGCAGUACCGGCCGCCACAACAACAGCAGGAAUACCAGCCGCCGCAUCGGCAACAACAGUACCAGCCGCCGCCGCAACAACAGCAGCAGCAGCCAGCUUCCACCGUUUCAGUGCGUUUCGAGGCUCCAUAUCAGCCGCCUCCGCAAUCAGCGCCGAAACGGGCGGAGGCGGAGAUCGAGUACACGACUUCGCCAUCCAACGUCAAGGACAGAGCGGCGGCGUUCGGGCACGUCACCAUCAAAUCCAAGCCAGCGUCUCGUCCCGUCGACCCAGUCGCUCAAACGUACGCGAACAGUGGUACGUCGCAAACGAGCGCAAGUCCGCACGCGUUGGCGCAAGUCAUGCGUCAAGAGCGCCCACCGACGGCAUCCCAACAGCAGCAGCAGCAGCUCCCUUCGAAGAAGGAAGAAACGCCCGAGGAGCUCCGGCGAAAGAUUGCACUGCUCGAGCGCUUGGCGCGUUCGAGAGGUCUUAUCGCGUGA